GACUGUGCGGGGGCGGGUCUUGCCGGGGCCGCAGCCUGAGAGGCUUUAAAGCCAGAGCCCCGCGCUGCUUUUCCAGAUUCUCGGACCUCGGCGACCUCCGGGUAUCCGAGUUUGCAGACGACGUGUGUGCAGCUGGUUGCCUCAGGUAUUUGAACCAUGACUCUUUUACUCCUCCUGGUUGUCCUCUGCUUGGGAACAGCCUUAGCCACUCCAAAAUUUGAUCAAACGCUUAGUACACAGUGGCACCAGUGGAAGUCCACGCACAGAAGACUGUAUGGCACGAAUGAGGAAGAGUGGAGGAGAGCCGUGUGGGAGAAGAACAUGAGAAUGAUCCAGCUACACAACGGGGAAUACAGCAGCGGGAAGCAUGGCUUCACCAUGGAGAUGAACGCCUUUGGUGACAUGACCAAUGAGGAAUUCAGGCAGGUAGUGAAUGGCUAUCGGCACCAGAAACACAGGAAGGGGAAGAUUUUUCAGGAACCUCUGAUGCUUCAGAUCCCCAAGAGUGUGGACUGGAGAGAAAAGGGUUGUGUAACUCCUGUGAAGAAUCAGGGCCAGUGUGGUUCUUGUUGGGCGUUUAGCGCAUCAGGCUCUCUAGAAGGACAGAUGUUCCUUAAGACUGGCAAACUGGUCUCACUGAGUGAACAGAACCUUGUGGACUGUUCUCGUGAACAAGGCAAUCAGGGCUGUAAUGGAGGCCUGAUGGAUUAUGCUUUCCAGUACAUUAAGGACAAUGGAGGUCUGGACUCAGAGGAGUCUUAUCCCUAUGAAGCCAAGGAUGGAACUUGUAAAUACAGAGCUGAGUUCGCUGUGGCUAAUGACACGGGGUUCGUGGAUAUCCCUCAGCAAGAGAAAGCCCUCAUGAAGGCUGUGGCCACUGUGGGGCCUAUCUCUGUCGCCAUAGAUGCAAGCCAUCCGUCUCUCCAGUUCUAUAGUUCAGGCAUCUACUAUGAACCCAACUGUAGCAGCAAGGACCUCGACCAUGGGGUUCUGUUGGUUGGCUAUGGAUUUGAAGGAACAGAUUCAAAUAAGAAAAAAUAUUGGAUUGUCAAGAACAGCUGGGGUCGUGAAUGGGGUAUGGAUGGCUACUUCCAAAUAGCCAAAGAUAUGAACAACCACUGUGGAAUAGCCACCGCGGCCAGCUAUCCUACAGUGUGAAUUGAUGGACAGCGGAAAUGAGGACUUAUGGACACUAUGUCCGAAGGAAUUCAUCUUAAAACUGACCAAACCCUUAUUGAGUGAGGCCAUGGUACUUGAAUGGACACUAUGUCUGAAGGAAUGCAUCUUAAAACUGACCAAACCCUUACUGAGUGAGGCCAUGGUACUUGAAUCAUUGAGGAUCCAAGUCAUGUCAUGAUUUGAAUUCUGUUGACAUUUUUACAUGGGUUAAAUGUUACCACUACUUAAAACUCCUGUUAUAAACAGCUUUAUAAUAUUGAACACUUAAUGCUUAAUUCUGAGUCUGGAAUAUUUGUUUUAUAAAAGUUGUAUAAAACUUUCUUUACCUUUUAAAAAUAAAUUUUAGCUCAGUGUGUAUGUA